UGUGUCGUCAGGAUAGACAAUUGUAUGCAUUAAAAAUUAUAAAGUUUAAAGAUAACUCUAUGGAUAAAUGGUUAGACAAAUGCAAACUGGAAAGCAAUUAUCUGUUAUCAUUAAAGUCGGAAUUUGUUGUCAAUUAUAUGGACAGUUGGCUUGAAGUCGACACAUACUAUAUUCAAACUGAAUUAUGCGACUAUACUUUGAGAGGUAUAAUGAAUGCCAAACGGGAAGUGUUUGAUCGACAAAACAAAUCUAAACCAAUGAAUAUCAUUGAAAUGUUUAUAUCAAUUGAAUUGUUGGUUGAAAUGCUAGACUGUAUUAAUUAUAUACACCGACAGACACCCAGUAUAAUACAUCGGGACAUUAAACCGGAAAAUUUUCUCAUAAAAUUGGUGGCAAAUGGGGGACACUUUGUCAAGUUAGCCGAUUUUGGUUCGGCUAUUGAUCACAGCAGCGACAGCUGUCAUAGUUUGAAUGUCGGCACCACUAUGUAUAGUGCACCAGAAAUAUUGGUUGGCCAUUAUAAUACCAGUGCUGAUAUCUACAGUAUGGCUAUUAUUGUUGAUGAACUGUUUGACAUUAUGAUUGUUAGCGAGUAUGCAAUUUAA